AUGGUGUCUUUGCAACCUCCGCGGGCGGCGCCCCUUUGCAGGCACAGCCCGCUGUCUGAACGAAAAAAAAACCACCUGAGGACCAUCAUCUCCUCCUUUCCUGCUUCAAGAGGAAAGGAAAAGCCUGAUGGCCUGCUCGCUCGGAGUGUUGCCUGGACACCCGAAGUCGAGUGCCAGCGGACACCAGGAGGGGAAGACGAGCGCCGGCCCAAGUCCCUCUCCCCAGACCAGACCCCAUCAGAGGUAUCUUCUGGCAGCAAGCUCCUCUGCCUUCUCCUGGGUGUGGCGGGGCGCCCAGGUUCGCAGGUAUUUGAGCUUGCUGAUAGGGAUGCAUCAAGUAAACCCAGGAUUUUGUAG